AUGACCAAUGAGGAAGUUAGGCCGGCUCUGUUGAUUAUGGCUCAAGCUGUAACUACUCAAGCUCAAGCCAUGACGGCCCAAGCUAAUAAGGAUGUGAGGCCUAGAGUGAAUGCUAAUGAGAGUUCUAUGGCUUCAAGAUUGAGGGAUUUCUCUAGAAUGAAUCCCCCCGAGUUUCUAGCUACCAAGGUAGAAGAAGAUCCCCAAAGGUUUGUUGAUGAGGUUAGCAAGAUACUUAGUACAAUGGGGUUGUCUUCGGGGGAGAAGGGAGAGUUAGCCUCCUACCAACUAAAAGAUCUGGCUCAAAUUUGGUAUGAACAAUGGAAGGGUGAGAGGCCUAAAGGAGCGGGUUCCAUAAAUUGGGAGGUGUUCAAAGAGGCAUUCCUUGAUAGGUUUUUCUCCUUAGAGUUAAGGGAACAAAAAUUGGUAGAAUUCAUGAACCUUCGUCAAGGGGGUAUGAGUGUGAAGGAGUACUCUCUCAAGUUCACCUAA